AUGUCUCAAUCAUUGCGACCCUACCUUCAAUGUGUACGAUCUUCUUUAACAUCAGCUUUAUGUCUCUCGAACUUCGCAUCCCAGACCUCCGAAAGACACAAUGUGCCCGAAAUCGAAGCCAAAACUUCGCCGGAAGUCCUUUUAAAUCCUUUGACAGUUGCACGAAAUGAGAAUGAACGAGUCCUUAUCGAGCCAAGUAUCAACAGUGUUCGAAUUAGUAUCAAGAUAAAACAAGCAGACGAAAUUGAGCAUAUUCUCGUACACAAAUUUACCAGAUUCUUAACUCAAAGAGCAGAAGCGUUCUUUAUUCUUAGGAGAAAGCCGAUUGAGGGCUACGACAUUUCGUUUUUGAUUACGAAUUUCCAUACCGAAGAGAUGUUAAAGCAUAAGCUGGUGGAUUUUAUCAUACAAUUCAUGGAGGAGGUUGAUAAAGAAAUCUCGGAAAUGAAGUUAUUUUUGAAUGCCCGUGCAAGAUUCGUUGCGGAAUCAUUCUUAACGCCUUUCGAUUAA